GUGCAUUGUAUUACAGGAAAAGUGGGACCUGAAAGGAAAGCAUAGCUGCUGCUGCUUUCGGCAGAGCUCAUGAAGUUUGAAAAGUUCCAUGUUAAUGCAGAAAGAAAACCUGGCAUUUCUUUCUGCGAAGACAAAUGAAUUAACUGCCUGUGAAUUCUGGAAGGUGCUGAAAAAAAACAUUUGUUAUUCAAGUUUAACCUGAUCAAGAAAAUGUCAGCAUUGAACAGCUCCUUCCCAGUGACUGAAUCUGGAAGCCUUCCAAAGGAGCCUUCACAGAUUAAUUUGAUCAAGAAAAUGUCAGUAAUGAACAAUUCCUUCCCUCUGACUGAAUCUGGAAGCCUUCAGAAUGAACCGUCUCAGAUUAAUUUUAUCAAGAAAAUGUCAUUAUUGAACAAUUCCUUCUCUCUGACUGAAUCUGGAAGCCUUCAGAAUGAGCCUUCUCAGAUUAAUAUGAUCAAGAAAGUGACAGGUUUGAACACUUCCUUCCCUGUGAGCGAAUCUGGAAGCCUUCAGAAUGAACCUUCUCAGAUUAACUUGAUCAAGAAAAUGUCAGUACUGAACAAUUCCUUCCCUCUGGCUGAACCUGAAAGCCUUCAGAAUGAGCCUUCUCAGAUUAAUUUGAUCAAGAGGAUGUCAAUAUUGAACAGUUCCUUCUCUCUGACUGAAUCUGGAAGCCUUCAGAGUGAACCUUCACAGUUUAAUCUGAUCCAGAGAAUGUCAUUGUUGAACAGUUCCUUCCAUCUCAUUGAAUCUGGAAGUCUCCAGAGUGAGACUUCACAGUUUCAUCUGACCCAGAGAAUGUCAAUAUUGAACAGUUCCUUCCCUCUAAUUGAAUCUGGAAGCCUUUAUGAUGAGCUUUCUCAGACAUGUACUGUAAUAGAAGAUGACCUGACGGGCAAGACAUUUUCAUCAUGGGAGGAGUUCUGCAAUUUCUUCGAUAACUGGUGUGAGAAGACAAAAACUGUGUACAAUAAGAGAAAUACAUCUCCCCCAGCUAGUCAGGAUUUAGAAGAAACCUUCAAGUUUAAAUGGGUCUUCUUACUUUGCAGACACUACAGAAGUGCUGGGAAAUAUGUUAAACCUCGCAAAGGCUACUGGCGACCUGGUUGUCCUUCUCGUAUCGUGCUGAAGCUGGAUCCUGAACGAGGGAAGCUUAUUAUCACUCGAGCUAUUUUGAUACAUAACCACAAACUAUGUCCGGUUGAAUUUACCAAGUGGUUCAGAGCAAGCAGUCUCACAGGAAAAACUCGUUUCCUUAUCCGAAUUACUAAUAAAUUAGCCAGACAGUUUCUUGAAAUGCGAGAUGUGAAGACAUUGCUGAAGUACUGCAAAUCACCGUAUGAGGACAUAUGUGAGUUGUUGGAGGGAAUGGAGAGAUUGAUGAGCGCAGAUCCUGGGGCGAAAGUCAAGCUUGUGUUUGUUGAGAAUCAUAUCAUUGUUAAGUACCUCAUCAUUGUUACCUCGCACAUGAUGAGCUUGUGUGAGAAGUUUCCGUUCGUUUUGUACUUCAGUAAGAUGAGUCAUUUGAACAGCGAGUUUGACUUGUGUACAUUACUCUGCAGAGAUGCCAAUGGCAGAAUCCGUGAGUGUGCCUACUGUAUCACAAGAAAGGGAACACCUAAUCUUCUUCGCCUCAUGGUUGUCUCUCUGGUGCAAAGUGUGCCACUUAUCAAGGUCCAUGUACACUGUCUUAUCGUGGGUAGCAUCACUGAAGAUCUAGAUGGUGUUAGCAACAUCCUCCCAAAAGCUAAGGUGCAGUUUUGUAGGAGUGAAGUCAUUAAGACUUUGUAUAACAAAGCAACGGAACUGCAGCCAUUUCUUCAAAACAAUAUCUGGGAUUUUCUCUGCAUGCUGGCCAACUCACUUUCAUCAACUUUCUAUAAUGUGUGUCUGCAAGAGAUGAAAGUCAUAUUUUGUAUGGAAUUUCUGCAGUAUUUUCAGGAUGUCUGGCAUUCACAGAAGGAAAUGUGGGUAAAAUGCUGGUCUUCUGAGCAGGAACAAGGGAUUGCUUUCAGUAGUAUAGUGAGAUUUCAGCAGCAGAUGUUUGCCUCUGAGCUGAGCACUUCUAGCACAUUGGCAGAUUAUGUCAGAGUCUUUCUUAAACUUCAGACAGUAAAAGUAGAGACAGCGGACCUGGAUGAAGUGAAAAUCUGUGCACACUACAGAGAAACCUGUCCUUCUAAUGUGGCUGAUCUAAUUAAAGAAGAGAUCAGUCUUGCAAAGUAUGGCUGCUACAGGAUUCAAGAUGACGGGCUCAGAUUUGUCCUCAAUGAUGGUGUCUCAGAUUAUGCAGUCAAUAAAAAACAGACAUCAUGCAGCUGUACUAUUCAUAUUUCAACAUUUCUUCCCUGUCGACACAUAUUUGCUACCCGUCUUUGGACUGGGGAAACACUGUUCUUUUUUAAACUUCAUAAAUUUUAAGCAUUUCACCAA